UUGGGUGGGACGGUGGGUGGGACCACAAUACCCACACCUCAAGCAACGGCCAGGUCCAGUUUAGUAGCUAGGCAUUGGGCGUACGGUAUUCGUGUACCACCUCAGGGUUUCUUCGCUAACGACGUUGGACCCGGCGUCUCCCCGUCUGGCUCAUAGGCCGUCCUUUUGUUUAGCACCCGAAAAGCUAUGACGUUGGGAGGCCUUGUGGCGCGCUUGGCGCGCCAAAACGCCAAGUCGGUUGCUUCAGGGAACUUUCCGUUCAGGACGUUCGUAAGCGGAUCGGCUCCUGCGCUUGCUGCUGCGUCUAAGAGCUUGCAGCAGUUCUCGAUAUACCGGUGGGAUCCCGACCAGAACGAGAAGCCGCGUCUUCAGACCUACACUAUAGACACCAAGGAAUGCGGUCCCAUGAUUCUUGAUGCCUUGAUUAAAAUCAAGAACGAGGUCGACCCAACUCUGGCGUUCCGCAGAUCUUGCCGGGAAGGGAUCUGCGGUUCCUGCGCGAUGAACAUCAACGGUGCUAACGGCCUCGCGUGUCUCACCAAGAUCGAAGCAUCACCAGGAACGUCUAUUCCGGUCACUCCGCUGCCCCAUAUGUUCGUUAUUAAAGAUCUCGUGGUGGAUAUGACUCAGUUCUACCAGCAGUACAAGUCUAUCGAGCCAUGGUUGAAGACGAAGAAGCAGCCGGAAGAUGGGAAGGAGUUUUACCAGUCUAAGGAGGACCGACUGAAGCUCGACGGCAUGUAUGAGUGCAUCCUGUGCGCGUGCUGCAGCACCUCGUGUCCCAGCUACUGGUGGAAUCCUGAGAAGUACCUCGGACCAUCUGCGCUUCUGAAUGCCAACAGGUGGAUAAUGGACAGCCGUGAUGAGUACACCAAGGAGAGGCUGGAUGAUCUGGAUGAUGCGUUCAAGCUGUACCGCUGCCACACCAUCAUGAACUGCACCAAGGCAUGCCCCAAGGGAUUGAACCCAGGCAAGCAGAUUGCCAACAUCAAGCGCCUAAUGGUCACAAGGAGCUGAGGUUUCUUAACUUACUGUAUUCAAAGGUCGCCUAAUAGCAUCAGACCAGUAAGAGAUGUAUGCUUUGUACGUAUGGUCGAACUCUUCCAACGCAUCAAGUGUCAACCGUGGUUUGUAUGCAGCAUUCUGGCUUUGCUUCACACUAAAA